AUUGCCUGCGCGACUCCUCUCCUCGCUACUGUCUUUCACUCUUACGCAUUAACACAUCUGGGUUGUAUACCGAAAGCAAACUAUGGGCCGGCUGGUAACCGACGACGACAUCGGGCUGAAGGUGCUCCGCGAGGCACCAGCAGAGGCAGAAGCUGCCCAGAUCAUCGACAUUGUCGCCGUCCACGGCCUCGGCGCCCAUCCCGACGACAGCUGGUGCAAGAAUGAGGGCACCAGGGAGAGCCCGCGGUGGGUCAACUGGCUCAAGGAGGAAAGCAUGCUGCCAGCAGCGGCGCCAAACGCACGCAUUAUGCGCUACGGAUAUCAAUCGCAGUGGUUUGGCAAGGAGGCCAUGCAGCAGAGCGCGUCCACGGUGGCAGAGCGGUUGCUAGGAGCCUUGAAGCGGAAGAGAAAGGAUAUUUCGUUCCGUCCGCUGCUGUUUGUGGCGCACUGCUUUGGCGGGUUGGUCGUGCUCAAGGCACUGCUGGAAGCCGAACAGUACCCGAGCGAGUGGCCCGGAGUGUUUCUAUCGACAACUGGCCUGGUCUUCUUCGGGACACCGUUCCGAGGCGCGGGAGGGAUGAAUCAAAUUGACAUGCUAGAGGCGGCAUGGCGCGAAUACGAUAACGAUCAAGUGCAGCCCACCGCUCUCGAGGUGUUGCAGCCGGGAAACGCAUACCUGCAAGAGGUGGUUGAUGGCUUCCUAAAGAAGAUGCGGGGCCAGACGAACAAGACUCAGAUCGCAUGCUUCUACGAGCUCAAGGCCAGCGACGUAGGGAAGAUCGUGGGGGGGCAGAGUCGGACGAGGUUUGUGGUCAGCGAGAGCUCUGGCUGUCUCGACCUGUCAGACUCGACUGGCAAGUACUCGCUCUCGCGAACCCACUUCAACAUGAACAGGUUUGGAAAGGCAACAGAGGAAGAUUUUGAGACAGUGGCAGAUGUAAUUAAGGGCAUAGUCAACGAAUCUCCUAAGCUUAUAUGGGGGCGAUCUCAAUACCACAGCAAGCACAAGAUCGACUUCAGCCUUCAAGGCAUGCCGAUUGUGGGCAAAUUCAUCCAACGCGAUGCAGAAAUGCAGGAGCUCGAGAAGCUUCUUAUUAGUAACAUAACCACAACUAGUCGACAGAAGGUCGUCGUUCUUCACGGCCUCGGCGGCAUAGGCAAGACGCAACUCGCAGCUGAGUUCGCGCGGAACCACUAUCACGUUUUUAGCAGCGUCUUCUGGCUAGAUGGGGAGUCGGAGGCUAGCUUAAAACAGUCGUUUACGAGCAUGAUGCAGAGACUGCCGCAGGACGAGCUGACGGCGGAUAGUGUAGAGAUGCUUAAGCGCACUACAAUCGACACCGCUGUGGCGGUGCACGAGUGUCUCCGGUGGCUGUCUCUCGCGACGAAUCAGCAUUGGCUACUGAUCUUCGAUAACGUCGACCGCGACUACUAUGACAAAGAUGACGUGCAAGCGUACAAUGUGAAAAUGUACUUCCCUAGUACAGACUAUGGAUCGAUUCUCAUCACUAGCCGGCGGGCGAGUCUCCAGAGGCUCGGAACAGGGCUCAAGGUAGGGACGGUCGAGAUGGAGCAGGCAAGGGCCAUUCUAGAGAGUAAUGCCGGAAGUGUGAUUAAGGAUGCAGAUGUGGUUCUUGAACGACUGAGUGGGCUUCCUCUAGCGCUGACCCAAGCUGGCUCGUACAUGCAGGAGACGAACAUGGAAGAUUUCCACUAGAGGAGUACGGCGACCGCAACGUGUUAACGACUUGGACUAUAUCCUAUGAACAGGUUAAGAAGCAAAGCGAGGAAGCAGCCUGGCUGCUUAAACUGUGGGGAUACCUGGACCAUGGCGAGCUCUGGUACGGCCUGGUCGCAAA